AAAUCCUUCUUCAACAAUUAUCCUCACCUCUCUCUCUCUCUCUAAACACCUGAUCAAGUUUCUUCAGCCAUGUCGAUGAACUCGUCGAUCGACGACAAAAACAUGGUGGCGGAGGAGAGCGGGUGGACCAAGUAUUUGGAGGACUUCUCUUGCAACAACGGCAGCUUCAUAAGCAGCUCUUCUAUGGUCUCCGAUGCAGCGUGGAAUGGCUCAGACACCAUUAAAAGGUUGAAUUUGAAGAAGUUGAAUCGAAGCACCAAUAGAAGGAAAUAUACCUAUGAAUACGAUGAUGAUUUGGAAGAUACGGCUAGCUCUCCUGUUCAUAGCCCUAAGGUGAGCAGGAUGAGGCAGGCGGAGGUCAACCAGAGAAAGAUGGAUGCUACUUGCGAUUAUGUGAGCCAACAGUCGAGUUCGAAGAAUUUCUUGAAACACGAUAGAGAAGAAGAGAGAAAUACAAAUAACAGUGUUAUCGACAACAAAACCAGUGAUCAAUAUAUGGAGCUGAGGAAGAGAGGGUUAUGUUUGGUGCCAAUGUCAGCUUUGAUUAACUAUAUUGGUUAAUUAAAUAUGAGAAAAAGUAUAGUUUAUGUCUCCAUCUUUUCACACACUUCGUUGUGAAAAAUAGAAAGAUUAUAGUGUGUAAUAAUAAUAAAAGAAAGUUGGUAGAUUGAGAAUUGUAUAUAAUUUUCGUUGCCAUUCCCUUUCUUCCACAUGGAUAUAUAUGUGGCAAGAUUUUAAAUAGGGUUUGUAUAAAGUAUAUUUUUCUUUAAUUGGUGAGUAUAUGUUAA